UGUAAGUUAAUGUGCAGUGAGAAGACAUAUUCUUUGUGGACCUGGAGCAUUUGUGAUGAUGUAAUCAGGAAGAAGAGGAUGAAGAAGAAAAAGAAGGUGGAGGAGGAGGAUAAGGAAAAAAACGCUAAAUCUCAGUUUGCGGCUUUAUUGUGUGGACAUUUCUUUCAGAAUUUAUUUCAGAAUUCUGUCUGUUGACAUGAGGUCAGAAGGUACAGAAUUUUUUUUAAAGUGCCAAACUGUCAGUGCUGUGUAGGAAUGGGGCAUCGGGUAAAUUGAUGGGAUGGCAUACGUGCCAUCCCAAUAAAUAGAUGAAUCUUGCCUUGAAGAUGCCUUCUGAUAUUCACCCCUAGAUUCAGCCACAUUCUGUCAGUUUAAGGGCGUGUGCAGUUCAGUCAAACCAGGAUUAAGUUGUUUUGUAUGAAAAGAAGACUUUAAUUAAAGCUCCUGAAGACUGAAGAAACAUGAAGGGGCGUGGCCGGAAAUUGUGGUUCCAGUCAGGAUGGAUCUUUAAAAGAGCAAGUGAACAAAUCAACUUAUAUUUUGCAAAGAACUUCCAAAAAAACGCAUUUGGUUUAAACACACACUAAAAACAUAAAUUAACAGACAUUGUAUUUUAUUAUAACACCAUUGGACGUGUUUACUUUCACUUUUAACUGGACAUGAGGAGAGGCAGGAAUUCCCCGCUCUUGUUCCUCAAAACCCAUCUCUUGAAACUCAAAUGGCCACUGUCACCGUAAAAACGCUGAAGAAAAUGCUUUCCGCGAAAUACAAGCACGUCAGUUUGGCUGCUCACGAUAUCAUCACCGUGGUCUCCAUGUACAAGGAUCUGAAACCUGUGAUGGAUACUUACGUUUUCAAUGACGGUUCCUUCAGAGACUUGAUGAGUCUACGAGGAACCGUGCCGGUGAAUUACAGAGGAAAUGUGUACAACAUCCCAGUGUGCCUCUGGCUCAUGGACACCUACCCCUACAACCCCCCCAUCUGCUUUGUGAAGCCCACCAGUGCCAUGAUGAUCAAGAGUGGCAAACACAUCGAUGCCAACGGCAAGAUGUACCUGCCCUACCUGCACGAGUGGAAGCAUCCCCAGUCGGACCUGUACGGACUAAUCCAGGUGAUGAUCGUGGUGUUUGGGGAGGAGCCUCCAGUGUUUUCCCGCCCCACAACACCGAGGAUCUUGCUGACUCCUGAACACCCCAGCCUUGUAGGUCAAAGUCCAGCCCCUGAACACCUAAACCCGAUGGCUGACUCUGGUAUCAGUACCACAGGGAAUGGGGACACUGUGAAACCAACUCUGAGCACCAGUGACCAAACUGAAUUGGCCUCAGAUGAUUGCAAACCCUCCCUCACCCUCUCAGCUGCAGAAAGCAGCAAACCGUCCUGCAGACUCUCAGCCCCUGAAACCCAUCCAGCAACUGCAUCAGCCCCUGAAACCCAUCCAGCAGCUGCAUCGGCCCCUGAAACCCAUCCAGCAGCUGUAUCGGCCCCUGAGAUGCUGCCCCCUGCCCUGGCUUCUCUCUGCUUGUCUGGCACCACCAUGCCUGCCUCAGAGGAGUCUGUGCUGCAGAGACAGAAGCUCCAGCUGGAGAUAGAGGUGCUGCAGCGGCAGAAACAGGUUCUGGAGAUACAGGAGGAGUACUACUCCAUUAAACUAAGACGCCUGCUUGGAGACAAUGCAUAGUAGAGUAACAGGCUGCAUGCAAAAUGACAGUUUUAGCAUUUGUACAUAACGCGUGCUAAACCAUCCCAGUCGCUUAUGACUUACUUGUAAAUUAUUGCCACAAACUCACCACUUUCUUGUCAAAAUUGUCUUUAAUAAAGUAAGUCCUUUAUAUUAAUACUUUAUAUACUUUAUAUUAUCUGUGUGACUCUGUGUGUUAGUGAGGGUGAGCCUUAUCUAUUCGGACCUUACAUUAAUGCCAAAGUUGGAUUACUCAUGUCCAUGUUCUGCAUGCCUGUCAAAUAGGUUUAAAAGAAAAAAUGAAACACAGAUGAGUGCA